AUGCGUGUCAUUUCUAUCGCGUCAGCGUUGCUAGGCGCGGCAUCUGUCGUCUACGCCGAGGCCAGAACGGCAAACAUCUACAUCCAGCCCCUAGGCUCGAGCUCGUCUCCGGUCCUACUCGCCGGACUCACCUACGACAGCAGCGCACCGGACACAGCCAGCAGCGCGUCAGUGACAUCCUACGAAGCCCCUGAACUGCCAGAGUCCACAGACCUCGUCCGGGUCGGCAUCUACGACGCGAACCAGAAACAGUGGGCGGGCUCGACCAGCGUGGCCAGUGCUGAGAACUUCGCGAAGGGUUAUUCGCCUCACUUUGUGCUGUCGGUCGACGGCACGUCAGGCGAAGAGGUUGUCCUGGGGGCGAGCGUGAGGGGCGUGAGGAUAGAUGCCGGGCAGACGCGGGAUUUUGGACCGCAGGCGAGCUUGCUUUUGACGAGCAGGGGGAAGCAGCCGGACCUGAACAAGCCGAUCGUGCUGAGUCCGGAGGGAAAGAAGGUCGAGAAGGAGGAGAAGACCUUCCUGCAGAAAUACUGGUGGAUGAUCGGCAUCGCCAUGUUGCUAGCCAUGGGCGGCGGCGGCGGCGAAGGCAAAUAG